AGGUUCCUUUCUUAAAAAAUCAAAGAAUCUCGGAGUCAAAAUGGAAGAGUUGAAGUUGCCAGUAAUUGUUGAUUUUGCUUCAGGUGAGCAUCUCACAUUUAUUUAGUUUGUGACGAUUGUAUUCUUCGCGGGGGCUGCUUGAUUGAAGACGUGAUCUGGUGAAGAAGUUGUUGUGUUGGAGGAAUAUUUAUCCACCGGAUCAGCUACAUGUUUCCUGUCGUCGUACAACCAGAUCUGGGUGGCGAUGAAAACCCGGUAUAGCACAUAUCCAUAUAGUUUCGCAGUUUUUCAAACAUUGCACAUUUUCCAUACAGAUGAAACACGACAGAGAGACUGGGAUGGAAUUGUGACGUGUCAUUAUGGUACUUCUGAUGUCCGGACUUGGAACUUUCAAAAUAAGUGUAUUGGGAAACAUAUUCUUAAACCAAAGAAUGAAGUCAAAGAUUCUGCCGCACAGGUUCUGUAUGCAUGGCAAAACUACUGAAUUCUGAUUGGUUGAGAGACGUAUUGUCACAGAAUUGACAAAAAGGAGAGCAGUGAGAAUAAAAAAAAUACAAAAAAGCGAGUUCACCUUAUCAUGUUCACUAACCCGCACACCCGAAAAUACAUAUAUACAUGAACUUGUGGUUAACGCUCGUCAAUUGGCCUCUGUAGCUCAGUUGGUUAGAGCUCGACAAUUGACCUCUGUAGCUCAGUUGGUUAGACCGCUGCACCGGAAUCGCAGGUUCGAUUCCUGCCAGAGGACCCAUAGAGAUUAUAAAUAACACUGGAGGAGGCAUUGUAAUCUUAAUUCAGUAAAAAAAAGGGAACGCGACUAUUGGGGGGCAAAUUCAAGUCCCGGAUGUGUAUUCGUGUUCCCAUUGGUGACGAGUUUCAAAUCAGCCAAUGAGAACACGAUUUUAUAUCCGGGACUUGAAUUUGCCCCCCAUUAGCUGCGUUCCCAAUUUUUAAACUCGAUGGCUCCUCUAGUGUUAUUUAUAAUCUUUAUGAGAGGACCUACAUGUAGUGUUGCAUUUUUCGCAACUGUUCUUGGUUAGGUAUAAAAAGUGUAAAUAUAUCGUCACCUGGAUUAUCCAUCUUCUCCAAUAUUCAGUUUGAACCAAGUAGAGUGGAGAACACAUACCAGUUCAUACUGGUCAGCCUGAAGGCCCUGAACAAAUAUGCUAUAGCUUUGUUUUUUUCUUUCCAAAACCAAAUUCCACCUGAAAGCAAAGUAUUUACUACACUUUCUGUGCCUCGUACCCUUGUGGCUUCACAGGAUUGAGUAAUACAUCAUAAUUUUAUACUUUGUUUAACAUUUAGUGCGCAACAAUAAGCUCUUGUGGAAAUUUCACAAUCGUUGGACAUUCUUCAGGACAUGUUGAUAUUUAUAAUAUUCAGUCUGGAUUACAUCGUGGCUCUUUGGGAAAGGACAAAGGUACAUUUCCUCACAGUGGCUUCAUUGAUAAUAAUAAAUCUUAAUUUCUAUUCAUGCAUGGACAUCCGAGAAUAUCGAUAGGAUUAGAGACUAGUAUAUGGAAAAAUGUUAAAAAGUCGGUCUGAAAUGUUCGAAAACCCAUGCAAAAGUUGAGGGUCAUUAGUCAUAGUUUGUAGCUUUGAUCAUGUGAUUAUAUAUCAGUUACUGUUUCGCUAAUGCUCCUUUCCCGUGUAUGAAUAGCCGAGCGGAAUUUGUACCCUUGCUUUGAGUAAAAUGUGCACGAACAUCCGUAACCCAAUCAGGUUGAACAAGUAAAGUUGAGUAAUCUCUGACCAUUGCUGAAGUGACUAUUGAAAAUAAUUAUACAGUUGAUUCCCAUUGAUUUGAUGCAGACAGUGGUGUUGGUUGUGUUGUAUUUAACAUGAUAUUUAAUGUUUUCUGCAUGUAGCCCAUAAAGGAAUUGUUCGCGGAGUUUUGAUGGAUGGUUUGAAUCAGCAGAUUAUCACGGCAUCAUCUGAUAAAACGGUCAAGGUAUGGCAGUCAUGGUGAUGUAUAUGUACACUUACAGAUCACACAAGUGCAUUGGGGAGGACCAGACAGAACAUGAAAUGUUGCAUGUUGGACAAUGGAAAUAAGAUACAUGAGCUUCCUUCAAAAUGUUGAAUUCCCCUACUGCAUGUUAGUUUCGCAAAAGGCAAUCUCCAAGCAACUAUAUAUCACCUCGCAUGAAACUGGGUCUGGGCAAUUUUACGACAUAACAAACUGUACUUACUGUAGCAAUUAUAAUUUUUUGUUUAGUUCUGGCAUUUUAAAUCCAAACAUCUUCAGACGACACUAAAACUCGAAGUUGGUGUUUCGCAAAUGCUCCUUCAUAGGGAAAGGUAAGAUCAGAACUUACCGAGUUAAUGUUUUAUUUAGAAAUCAUUUGACCUCGAAAUAUUCUUAAGUUACUCGAUGGUUCAUCACCCGAUUUUGACUGCGGGUAUAAAAGCGAAGAUUGCAGCUAUUUACCAGGGCGACCGCAAUGUGGUUUCUAUAGGUUUGCUUCCAGAGACCUCAUUUUAAUGUUGCUUUCACAUGCAGAAUCAAAAUGUUUCAAAACUACCACAUAUACUGUGCAAGACUCUUUGCUGUAAAUGCAACGUAGAAUAUGGAAAUUCAUUUGCUACAAAUACAAUAUGGCGCGUUCUCUAAUUUAUGAAAUCCACUGCCGUAACUAUUAACCACACUACAGAUAAUAAUUAAUGACCAUGUUGUCAAAACGUAAUAAAUGUAUAAAAUAAAUGAAUGAUAUUGAAUUUCCAUUAUGUACAUUUUGCACGCGACGUUUAGUGCCCUCAUGGCUGUUGCAUUGGAUGACUUCACCAUCAAAAUUGUUGAUAUUGAUAUAAAGAGAGUUGUACGUCAAUUUUCUGGUCAUCGAAACAGAAUUACUGAUAUGGUAAGUUAACAUCGUUCAUUUUUAUUUAUUUUAUGUCUCUACUAUACUUACAGGGUGUUUUAAUUUAUAUAAAAUAUCAGGAUUUUGGGCUUUUACACUCGAUAUAAAUAAUUGUAGAAGAAUUUUGUAGAUGGAAAUUUUGAGUGUGAAUUUUAUACAUUUAUUAGACUUAAACAGGAGUAGUAGCGAAAAAUGCAACUACUGUACAGUUCCUGCGAUUCCGGUGCAGCGCAGCAGCGCUCUAACACACUGUGAGCCACAGAGCCAGUCUAAUGAACGUAUAAAAUUCACACUGAAAAUUUCUAUCUACAAAACUCUUCUUAGUGCGUGCUGUGUCAACGAAAAGUGGAGCUAUAACAUGCAAUUAUGUUUUGCCCACGCAGUACUAAAAUUGUGGUGCUAGUUUGUGUAGUUCUUUCCUCAUAUCAUUUAUCAAGACGUUAUAAUGUACGACUACUAAGCAGAAGGUAUUCUUAUGCAGCAUAUACUCAUGAAACAAGUCUUUGUUUUCAUUCAUAGGCAUUCAGUCCUGAUGCAAGAUGGUUAAUCACGUGUUCUCUGGACUCGACGAUUCGAACUUGGGACUUGCCUUCUGGGCGGUAAGGAAAUAAAAUGCAAAGGAUUUUUGCGAAAUAAAUUAUUAUGUAACAAACAUUUGGUUUUCAUUGAAGACUUUUAGAUUGUUUUCUGGUGGAGUCGCCUGCUACAAGUUUGUCAAUUUCACUUGUUGGGGAUUUUCUUGCUACUGCGCAUGUUGAUGAUGUUGGAAUAUAUUUAUGGUAAGGAAACUUUGGGGAUCUGGGGGAGGGGGCAGAAUGUACACUAGUAUUGGAAGGGGGAGGGGGGGGGGCGAACUGUCAAACAAUGAAUGGUGCAUCAUCACUGAGGGUAGACUAACCACGUCAGUCUACAGCUACGGCAGUUUUUUUGAGAAACAGAUGGUCCAAGCUGGUGGUCUCCGAUCGAACUGGAGGUGGGUGUGAGGGGAUCUUUAGCUUAUCAUAGACAUUCAGAGAUAUUUGGAUUUGAUAGCGAAGUUCUGCAUCUACUCUGCAAGCAUCCAAAUGUUGCGAAAUUCUGACCAUCUCAUAUUUUCAUUCGUUUAGGGCAAACAAAACUCUUUAUUCCAGCGUCUCAUUUAUCCCCCUUCCUGCUGACUAUCAACCAUCACUUGUUGACAUGCCUUCAGCAAGAACCAGUGUUGAUGAAGACAGUAAGUCAUACCUGUAACACUCGCUAUUCAGUUUAGUCUUACAAUAUUUACAUAAUUUCUUACGACGAAGCGGCUGUAUUGUUAGCAGUGAAUCUUUUACCAGCAAACAAUUUCAUGAAAUAUUAGGGAGCUUAAUUUAAGCAAGUGACGUUUUUGUCAACACGGAUGUCAGAUUGCCGAGGCAGGACUGGAUUGAAAAUUGUGUUUGUGUCAUUUUAUGUCAAUCUUCAACAAAUAUGAAAAAGAAUAUGAUUUUUAAAGUUUUCUCCUUCCUUACACGAGCACUGUGAGGCAAUAUGCCGCCAAAAUUAGACUAGUUAUACCAAUUUUCGAAUGACGUUCGUGCUUACUUAAGUUCACUAUUAACAUGUUGUAAAUUCAAGAGUUGAGCUAUUUAAACAAGACAACAAAAUUCAAGGUAAUAUAUUAACUGUAUCAAAGUCGUUGUCAGGUUUCAUAGUGACUUUGCACUAGAGUCGAAAUAUUGCAUUUAAUUUUGUUGUCUUGUUGAAACAGCACAAGAUGUUAAUAUUUGCAAUGCGUUUUCUCUUAUAAAAUAUCUAUAUUUUUCUAGACAAUCAUGUAGAUUUAUCAACCGAGGAAAACUCACAUGAUGAGAUUGCAGUAGACGAAGAAAUGAUAACAGAUGACAAAUAUAAAUCACCAGAUCAAAUAUCGUCUGAACUCAUUACUUUGUCUUUACUUCCCGAGUCUCGCUGGAGAAGUUUACUCAAUUUGGAUGUGAUCAAAGUAAGAAACGAAAGAUAUGUUUUAACCGAAUACUGUGUAUGAUAUAGUAUCUUGAAUUGUCUGUGCCAGUGUUACCCUGGGUUCAGAGGUUUUCUGGUGCAAGCUACAGCUUCAGCGAAACCCCCUGAUCCAGGGUCCGCCAGUGUAGGUAUAGUGCCAGGAAUAACAAAACUUCGGUUGAUGGGGAUGCAACUACCUGGAAAAUAACAAGGAGAACUUCGACUUUUCGAGCGCAGGCCCUUUGUCGGAAGAUUAGUAGCAUCACAUUUAGUAUCAUAUGCAGAUACUGAGAUACGUUAUAUUUCUGUUUGUGAAGGGAUAAUAGCACGUGUGUGUACUCCUGUGAAUACACAGUGACGUUAAACCGUCAAAAAACGUUGACAUUCAAAGACAUCUGAAUUAAAACAGAGUUUUGCAUGAAAGUUUACACUGCUGCAAUCGUUGCCUUUGAUGAAAGAAAGUUCGAUAGUGUAAACUGGCUUUUAUUGUAUGGGCCCCCAUUGAGCCACACUACCUCUGAAAAUAGGCAUACCGUACGCAAUAUUGUAGUUAGUGGAUGGCGAGGUAGAGCAUACCGACAAUAGACCUCUUCGACUUACUGAUGAUUUAGAUACUGCACAUGAUAACAUUCAGAAAUAACUGACCACUGUAACAGCUGACCACAAUAAGUAUUUAAAUGCACACAAGCACUUGCAUUUAUAGGUGAUAGAAUAGAGGUUCAGAUUUUACUUCCGCUACCCUUAAGCGAUCAUUAACCAAUCAGAUCAAUUUGAUAUAUCCGAUUAACCAAUCAGAUGCGCGUUGGAAGUCAAAUCUGAACCUUUCUUAAGUAUUAUUCUUAAUCUUGUGAUUAAAUUAUUUUCUGCAGCAACGUAACAAACCCAAAGAACCGCCCAAGGUCCCAAAAUCAGCGCCAUUUUUCCUUCCCACAGUGCCUGGUGUUGAUUUUAAAUUUGAUGUUGAGAAAGAAGAUGAAGAAACAAAGGUAACGAGAUAUCUUGGAGGUGUGGGCUGGAGUAUGUGUAUCUGCUGGGUGUGGAUGUGUGUUGGAGAUGUGUGCAGGGGGCAAGGCUGGGAGUGUGUCAGGGCUCAAAAUAACGGGCGGUCAACGGUCAAUGACUGUCUAUCGAAUAUAGUGUCAAUUUGAAAGAGGUUCUUGGUAUUAAACUUCGAAGAUCAGGUGAAAAGGCAUCACUACCUUGUUUUUUUUAUGCCAGAGUUGACUGGACAAAAAUGGUGUUUGAUCGGUCAGAAAUGGAACCUAUAGUCACUGUGACCGGCGUAUCAUGAAACGCUAUUUUGAGCCCCGUGUGUGCUGGGGGUGCAUGCUACAAGACAGAGCAGUCGUUAAAUGUCAUUUGAAAAACUCAGCAAUUCAUUCCAAAUGAAACAAUCAUUUAAUCACGUGAAUCACGUGUAUUGGAUAUUUUACGAGCAUUGAUCUUUGUUUAAUGUCGGAAUAAGAGAAAAAUAGAAAUAAGAGAAUUAUGACUUUUUCCUUGCUGUUCAUGUAGGUUAUUGUUUUUGAUGUUACUCUGAGUGUAUAUCCACACCGGGCAGGCUAAAAAGUUAGCCUGACUGCGGUGGGAAUCGAACCCGCGAUGUUAUGUACUCAGGUGAAUAUAACAUCAAAAUUUGAUGUUAUGUACUCAAGUGAACAUCAAAAACAUUUUCACCUGAGUACAUAACAUCAAAACACACACAAAAAAUAUCAUCUAGGUUAGUUGAGAGAUAUUUGAAUCACAACAAUAAUUCCAGACCUGCAUCCACACAAUCGGCCUUGGAAAUAUUUGAAUUGUGCUUUAGACAGCAAGUCCUCUGUACUUAAGAUAGAAUUUGGACAAGCUUUGAUACCUGCAACUUAGUGUGCUGGAUGACGACUUCCGCAAAUGUCAAUACAAUUCUGAAAUUUAGACUAAAACUGAAGUCCUAUCAAAUUCUCAGUUCAAAUCCAGAAGGAGUCGAACGCAUGUCCCUAUCAACAUAACUAUAUUAUCAACUUAUAUAUCAUAACUUAUUGUCGAUGUUUAGAUGACGUCAUCUUCCAAAGUGCGACAUAUCACCAACUUCACAGAAUACUCAGAGUUUCAACAGUUGCUUGUGGAGUGUAGUGCAAGAAAAAACUGUAUGUAUGACUUGUUAUAUCUUAUUUGAGAAUUUUUAUGCAGUUUUAUACACCUCUUAUAUGAAGUUCCUGUGUUCAGUACGCGAUAGUGGCUCACUGUUCAGCUGCAUAUGUUGUAGGGGGUUGACUUCAUAGGCAUUCUUUGUGAGUGCCCAGUCUCUUGUCAGUACCUAUAGUUAAAUUUGAAUCUUUAUUAAAUAAACCGAUCCCAACCCCUUCCCUAACCCUAACCAGUAAAAGCCUAAAAACAAUUUGAGAGUUAAAAAACGCCUUUGACGAAUAUUUUACUGGCAAGCUCGCCGAAUGCAAAUGCAAAGAAAAACAUUUUCAUAUUACUCAAUAGGAAAUGUAGUUUACUAAACCGGGCACUGACAAAGAACGCCCGUGAGUUAGUCAAAUCCCAGGCUGUACGCAUGUAGUAUUUCUCGACCAACUUCUUCAUUCAUGAACCGCAACAGUAAUGAUAUAUUUAAAUUUGAAUGUUUUCAGACGAGCAGUUUUCUUGCAAGUUACAAGAGUUAGGUCCAUCUGCUAUUGAUGCAGAAUUUCGUUGUUUGGCGCCAGGCGCAGGAGGAGAUGUUAUCUUAAUGGAAAAUGUGAUGGAAUUUUUAAUCAGGCAGUUAGAAUUACGAAAAGACUUUGAAUUAACACAAGGUUAUAUGGCUUUAUUUCUGAAGGUACAUUAUAUGUGGCUUUUAGUUUUCAUAGUUACAUUUUAUAAGGGUGGAUAUAUAAGGGUGGAUAGUUCCGAGUUAUAUUUUAUAAGGGUGGAUAGUUCCGAAAAAACAUUUUAUUUUAUACGUUUUGUAUUAAGUUGCUAUGCCAUUCAAUUGAGUAAAUGAUUUAUUUGGCAUGCGUUUAUGCAUGCAAAUGACCAUGAAUUUGCUUCUGUAUAUUUUUCGUGUAUAUUAUUAAAUAAUAGCAUGGUGUCUUGGGCAAUUUGCAGAAACAAACACUCGUGAGAUUUUGAAAAACUCACUCGUGCAUGUUUUAUUACUCCGGGUACUGUAAGUACCGGAGUAUUAAAAUGUCAGAUCUUUUUUCUUAGGCGACACAAGUGUGCACUUCCACAGGUGCACCGUACGCAAGGCACGCAACGCACUACAAAAAUACGAAAUAUCUAAAAAUAGCCGCCAUUCGUAGUAGAUUGGAGCGAGCGUUGUGUUUACAAUGUAUUUAGUUCUAUUUACAGUAAAUAUUAUCAAAUGGAGGGGUUCUCAUACACUCCUUUUUAUACAGUGACCAUGCACAGUUCAUAUAAAUACAAAUCGAAAUUCGAGACUUUCUCGCGUGUUUAGUAGCGAUUGCCGUUAUUGCAAAGCUAAUUCUGAUCGACAACUGGCUUGGUUCGUUACUGACGUUAGCCCGGUAUUUUUUAAUUUUGUCAACACUGUACGUAGUUAAAUUGUGUUAACACUCGUCACUCAUGUUCUUUAAGUCUCCCUUUGUGCCUCGUGGCCAAAAUUGAAGUACAAACAACGCACAAAUCAAUUCGACAUAUGACAUAUCUGAAAGUCUUCGAUUCGCGAGGCAAUUUAUAUCGCAAACCACAACAAUAUUGGCAAUAUUGUCUACCACGCUUGAAUUAGACAAAAGCGCAUAUAAUAUAUAUAUAACUAGAUAGCUUUACCCAACACUAUUACGUCUAUUACACAGUUUAAUGUUUUAUUUAUAGAGUAUUAAAAAUCGGUCUCGACAGCUGCAUUGUCUUGGUCUUAAAGUAAAAUUACUAAAAUCAUUACUAUGAUGCUUAAAACAAUCUAAACGUUUGAUAAUAACAAACUUACAGAAGCCUUACAAAUUGAAACAAUCAAUCUGUAUAAACAAAAUAUCAACAUAACUUAAUUAUGAGUUAUGGUGCCAGUUAUGAACUUAUUACCAUGCAUUGAAAAAGUGUUGACAAUUAACUAUAUGGCACGACUAACAAUAUAUUACUUUUUAAAUAAUUUUCUUUGCGUGUUUGAUAAAUGUGGUUUGUUUACGUUAGCUAUUUUUAGUAAUUCAGUUUCAGGAGUUCUUCUCAAGGGUCGAGGGUGGGAAGCGAGGGUCGAAAAAUCAUAUAUAAAAAGUCGAGGGUCAUAUAAAAAAGGCGAGGGUCAUAUAUAAAAAGGCGAGGAUCAUAUAUAAAAAGUCCGGGGUCGCAUUUCUAAAAUAUUUUAUGGUUUUUAUUGUCGAGGGUAGAAAUUUGUGGGCAUUCCCUAUAGGUAAAUUUGCAAGUGGGGCAAGCACAAUAGCGAAAACAAUACUUUGAAGAUGGCGUCGCGAACCCGGAAAAGGCGUAUGGCAAUGGAAAGGUGUAAACAAGUCCUGAUUACUCUGAUUCAAUAGACCAUAUAGUGAAUAGACUGAUACAAUAAUUUGCGACAUGCAAUCCGAGAUAACGCAGAUAUGAUAAUGCACCACGCCGUUUGAAACUAUUUCGACUGUAGCUUUUGAUUGGCAUGUCUAUUUUUAUGUAGUAAUAUUUUGUCAUAUAAAAAGUAAUCGCAUAUAAAAAAUUAAUAAUUGGAUAUAAAAAUAAGAGCUAAAAAUUAAAAGUAAAGUAAGUGAACACGAACUUAAAUUAUUAUUUUGCUAAAUUAUUAAAAUGUACCCUCAAGCUUAUCACCCUCGAAUUUCUACCCUCGACAAUAAAAUAAAAAAAAAAUAUUUGUAAAAUACGGCCUCCGACUUAUUAUAUACAACUCGAAAAAACACUCCUACGAAUGUUUUAAAUAGAACUUUUAAUAAAGAACUAGAUAGCUUUUAUUAGAGAUAAUCAGUGUCCUUUUAUUUUUAUGUUAUAAAAUAUUAUGAUCAUUAUAUUGCAUAUGUUUUUAGUCACCUGGUCAAGUGGUACACUGUAGUUCUCCCACUUUUACAACUUUAAUACGCUAAAUAUCAUGCAUUAAAGAUACCUUCAUUGCCGUAUAUAAGCAUACGUUAAAGUAGCUUUGCGCUUAGUUAAGGCCCUGUACCCGGAGUGAACGCCUGAGUAGGCGUCUUGUUUAAAUUGCACUCGAAACGAUAUAGUAUUACCAAUACUGAUAUCAAAGUCAUUAUUAGUCAACGCCAUUAUUGACCAUCACUGGGUUCACAUCCUGAAUGACUGCCAAAACAAUGUGCAAGGAAGAAAAGUGCGAGGUGCCACAGGGAAGAAAUCCCUUUGCCGCCUGCGCUCCUUCGGCCAGCGGCUACGCUCGUGUUCCAAGAUCCGCCAUGUAAAGUGUAUUGAAAUGUAUCUCAUCAUAAUAUUAAAUCCUAAGAAAACUAAAGCCUAUGCGGAGGAGAGAGGAAGAAAUUCAUGUUAGCAGAAAUGUAGUGAUCUCUGGUAUUUUGCGUGGGUGUUAAGCACUUUCCAAGCACUUUGUAUUUUCAAGGACUUUUCAAGUGCCCUUGAUAUUGACCUUCCAAUUUAAUUAAGCACUUUUCAAGGAGUUGAAGGACCUGCACGAACUCUGUAAACUAUUAGACAACAUUUAAAGAAAAUAAUGAUUUGGGCAAAUUUAAUAGGACAACACCAAUCAAAGUGAGUUUGUGAUUCCCUUUUUGGCACGAUUGAAAGCAAGCACAUAUUACCAUGCACGGAGGGCCUACGCUAAAUGCUCUUUUUAGAGUAAAGAAUCUCAAGUAGAAAGUUGGGUUUUCCCCCAGUUUCUAAUGUUUGUAUAUCGAAUGUUUUUACGAUUGUCUUUGGUGGUCUUUACUCUUUACGGAUUACGUUAUCUCCACAAAGCACCUAAGUUGUUAAUGCAUGAAAUAUUUAUCUACAUUGCAGCUUCAUGGAGAUGUCAUUUCAUCAGAGCCAAGUUUAGUUGAAUGUGCCAAAAGACUUGAAAAACAACACGAGAAAUGCUGGGACAAUGUGCAAGAUUUGCUAAAUCAGAACCUUUGUUUGGUAACAUAUUUCAAGAGUGCCACGAUAUGAUAAAUCUUAGCAUGACUGGGGAAGAUUGCUGGAUGUAUUGUGGUGUUUUUGAAUUGUCCUGUGAUGAUAUGCUUCGUACAGUUAUGUACAAAAUGUGUACAGGAAACAAACACGAGAAGAGGGAAUAUUCACAAAAUGUCCGUUCUCCACACACUGUGUAGGACAGACCAGUGAUAAGUGGUUAUGUAACCUGCUGCGAUGAAAGUUAGCUUCGGGUGAAGACGAAAAAGCAAGCAAUGAUUAUCCCAGUUCUGAUGUGCCUUCCUCGUGAAUUAAUACAAAAAUACCUUGUGAAAAUCUGUUUUCCAUUUGGUUGGGAUGGUCAUGACUACACCCGUAAGAACGCACAGACUUGUAGCAAUGCUGUUCCAACAACUUGUCAACAGGAUGUGUUCGAACUGUUUGUUCCCAACUUGUUGACAAAGGUUGUUGACAACUUGCUACAAGGUUGUUGAGCUCAACAGACUUGUUACAAGUUGUUUCAACAACUUUUAUCGUCCUGCAAUUCAACAAUUUGUUAACAAGUUGUGAGUGACUAUAACAUAACAGAAAAUAAGAGAAAAUAACAGCGUUGUUACAACUUGUUGACAAGCUUAUUACGAACACAUCUUGUUGACAAGUUGUGAGAUUUUUACAUGUGUACAUCGAGGACUCAAGGUGGUCGAGAAUUUGCAUACAGCGCAUGAAAAACAAGAAAGAUCUAUUAUGACUUGGUCACCACAGACGCGACGAAAUGGAAUCAAGGCAUCGUAGAUGGUGUCGGCUUCAACGGCGAUAACAAGAUUUAAAAAAGAGGCUGUAGAAACAAAUUAUUUAAUAAAUAUAUUAUAAUAAAUAGAAUUUCGUAUUUACUGUACAAACUUUCAUGUAAAGGCUGAAAAAUAUUAAGGAAAGGUUGAAAGUGUGCGCUUCCUUUGUGUACUAUAUUUAGAUACACCCUUCCGGGAAGUACGUCACUUUGGCUAUAGAACCUCGUUUUCGUGUACCUGACAUUAGUUAAAGCAUAACGUGUCAAUCACGAAAACGAGGCUUCAUAGCUACUUUACUGUAGUCAAGAUUUGCAACGUCACUAAAAGUUAAUAUACAAUGGCCUCUGACGCCAAUAUUUUGCGUAUGUAUGCUAAUCUUCAUUUGAUAUUUAAUGGCCUCUAAACCAACGCUUUAUUGCACAUCAAUUGUGUUGUAAAACCUCAUCGACUUCAUUCCAAUCAAUAUCUCCAACUUCACUUGUCCCAGAGAAAUCAUCACCAACUGCUGCCUUCGCUUCCGCC